CACAGACCUGUUUGCCUUCAAGAAACAGAAGUGCAGGAACGCUUGGGGGGAAGGAGCGCCACUCAAAGUCGCGGGUGAAAAAAAUAGUUUUUGCUAGAUCAGCCGUCGUCGCGUCGCGCUUAAUGCAAACUAGGUUGGACAAAGGACUAUAAAAACGGAUCUAAAAUUCUAUCCCUAAACGAGUAGACCCGAGCACACUUGGUCAGCAACCCUACGUCAUCGCGGACUCCUUUUACGCACAUUACAACAAAAAAACAACGUUGAUACUUUGCGUUGUUGCGAGUGGGGUGUUAUCUGGCUGGCUGGAAUUUCGAAAGGCGAGGAAAGAUAUUUUUUAACACGACUAGUUCUAUUUUUAGUCAGUUUACUACCAAAUAUAGUCAGGGUUAGGAUUCUAACGUCCUUGUCGCGCGCUGGAUUGAUUUUUGCCACCUUGCCAAAGUUUAUGAAAAAAAAUUGCUGAGUUGAUAUUGAAUGAUUAGGCUGAAUAAUUGACUACCCAACUAGUCGACGCUCGAUCCUCAUAUAUUAAGAGGGGAAGGUUUCAUUGCCCAUUGUGAUUUGGCUACUGUAAAUCGCUUGCUUUGUCAACAGAAGCCAUUUUUAUUUCAUUUAAUGCAUUAUUUGUAUGUGCACGUGCAUUAACGUCGUCUAGACAUAGAUCUGUGGGGGUGGUAGGCUUAUUAUUUGGUUACAUUGUACGACAAAAUCAUCCUCUCUUUUUUUAACCAUGGUUUUUAACGCGAAUGGUUGCAACCGUGCAGCGUAUUCCUUUGUAAAUGUUUUUGUAUCUACGCUGGUUUUGGUGCUCGGUUUGUCUCAGCGAUGUUAUGGGCAGGAUCAGCCGUCGUCGUCAGUAGGUCUUCGAGAUAUGAUCUCUGGGGCUUGCGAUGAGGUUCACCGAUACGUGGAAUCCGUUGUUGGAACUACUGUGAUUAAGUCAACUGUAGAGAGUGCGGUGUUGUAUCUAGAGUCAGUGGUUGGUCAGGAGAACGUCUAUACGAUGGUCAUGUUUGUAGACAUGCUGAUCCGGUUCCUGGCUGAGGGUGCUGCCAGUGGCCUGAACGUCAUCGCUGUUUACGUGACAGAGAUCCUCAGGGUUACAGGAAUCGAUGUCAACCUGCCAGUCCCUCCGUUCACCCCAGAGGGCGUGGCCUCUGUGGCACAGUGGGGGCUUCUGGCUCUGAUUGGCUACUGGGUGCUGUCCGUGGUGCUGCGUGUGUUGGUGGGUGUGGUCAGGCGGGUGUUCUGGUUGCUGAAGACUGUGGCGGCGCUGUGGGUGUUUGGGCUCAUCGUGAGUGACGGGAGCGCAGGGCCAGACGUCACAGCGGUCCGCCUCACAGGCCUGGUCCUGGGAUACACCCUGCUGGGUCUGGCCGGGUCUGGGUCGGAAAAGGCGGUGACGGUGGAGGAUCGUCUCAGCAGCCUAGAGGGCCGGCUGAACACCGUGGAGAAGAGGGAGGAAUGAUGGAGGAGGUGGUUCGGAGUGGUCAGAUGGACAAGCUUGGAGAGGUGGUGGUUGGUGUGGCAGCAUUGUUCAUGGUCUCUUUCUGAUGUCGAUUUCUUAUGCAAAAUAAAGGAACCUCUGGGAUUUUUUUUCUAUUGAAA